ACUAUUUCGUUUAAACUUCUCAUACAACCACAUCGGCAGACGACAUAAGACGCAGACGAAUUGUAAACAACUUGUUCUCAUAGUUAAUUCAUAGAUUUAGGGGGAAUUUUGUAUUUUGCCAAUCACGGCAGAAUUAAAUUUUGUGAACGAUAAUUUGGAUCAAGGAUCAUGGCAUCGUCAGAAGGAAAACGUAAGCUGGUAGUUGCAAUUGACGACAGUGUAUAUGCCGAACAAGCUUUUGAUUAUUAUGUCGAAAACUUAAGGAGAGACAAUGAUUAUGUUUGCUUCUUACACUGUCCUGAGUUGUACGAGCUGUCAGGGGCAAGUCCUGCCGUGGUUGAUAGACUACUGAACGAGGCACGAGAUAAAGUGAAAUCGCUAGAAGAGAAGUACAAAGAGAAACUUAAGGAAGCCAAUCUACCUGGAAAAUUUCGCACGGGUCAAGGAAAACCGGGUGAUGUUGUUUGCCAGUUAGCACACGAGGAAAACGCCGCCUUUAUUGUAAUAGGCUCACGUGGGCUAGGCAAGAUACGUAGAGCUCUCCUCGGUUCCGUGAGCGACCGAGUCGUGCACCAUUCUCCGAUUCCAGUUCUCGUCUGCAGACAUCCUGAGCAAGACAAGCAUCAGAAAAAAGCCUAAAAUGGACCUUUCAGUGCAAAGAGACUUAUUUGUCUUUUAUAUGAUUAUUGCACACAAGAAAAACUAUUAUUUGCUUGUAAACCAGUCUAACUGGCCAUAUUAUAGACCUUGCUUUCCCCCUUUUGGUCCAUAUCCAUCCUAAAUUUCCAGAAGGAAGAUGAUGGUGAUUUCUUGAUCCUUUCAUCUGGUGUUGAAAUUUCGUCUUUUUUACCCCCUUAAACAAUGUUUAAACAUUGCCUUCUCUUGAAAGUUCAGCUAAAAUGAGCAUAGAUAAAUAUGAUACAUCUAUUUUCAAACCGGACAUUUCCUAUUUCGUGUCAUAAGCCGUAGUUUUUUUUUUCACUAUCGAUUCUUAGAGUUUUAGAUACAAAUAUCUCGUUCAUUUGUUUAGUUUCUUUAGCACACAAUCUGAAACAUAGAUUUUGCUAACUGACAGUAAAAAUGUCUUUGCCAUUAAGCACAGGUAGCUGAACAAUAUUUUCUAAAGUGGACAAAAAAGGUGACUAUAGUCAUUAAUUCGUACCUUAUAUGUAUCGUAUAUAGUAUAUACAGUAUGUAGUAUGUUAUAACCCCCUACCCCACCCUCUUGUCCUUUAAAGGUGAUAAUCGACAAUUUCCAUGCGAUGACAUAUUUCUGAAGAAUACGUAAUUAUGUCAUCUUUGCAAUUCAUUAAAAGACUUUUAUCAAGCGUCAGUCGAAGUCUUGUUGAGAAUUUGAAAUUACGACCUUCUCUUGGACUCUUAGAAAAUAUAAUAUUGCUGUUUAAUGUUAUAUUUAUGCUGUUUAUAUUUUGCUAGUUCCCACAAAACAUAUAAAACAUUACUAAAAGACUUCUCAACAGGACAUUAGCUUAAAAGCUAGUAUAUUUUAUCGUGAAAGCUCACACAUUCAUUGGAAUAGCUAGAAAUAAAGGUCGCUAUAAAGUGAAAGAAAAAAGCUGUUUACUGAGCGCAAUGCAAAAAUGCGCAAAUUAUUGCAUGUCCACACGCAUUUAGUGUAUAAUAUGUAUAAUAAUCCGACUAAAGGUUAAGGUUAGGAUUACCAUGAUUUCAAAAUAUAUACAUUAAAGAUACUUAUAAUUCAAAUUGAUUGAAUCCGGUAUAUACCCGAGUCUGUAAUUUAUCACAGGCGCUCCAGGGAUUUUUUAGUCACAGUCUUUUAUAAAUUGUCUAGGGCGUAUUCCAUGUUUUGUAUUCCUCCUUGUAAAAUAAAAAAGAGAAAUAAA